UCAAUUGAACUCUCUAUUGUGUGUCUUGUUACAUAGAUAAAAUAAGUAUUUUACUGCACUGACACACUCUCUUUCUGUCUCUCUGUUUUCCUCUGACCUGGUCACACUGUCCGGGACUGACCAUGCAUUGUACAAUGACCUUCUACAUGCACAUGACUGGCUACCAUGACAACAGAGGCAAGUGCAGUGAGUGAGGCAGACACUGAGGGCAAGCAGAAGGCCAGCGGCGCCGAGCCCGAACCAGAACCAGAGAACAAACAGAAGCCAGAGGCGGCAGCGUCUGAGCCGGAGGGGGAGCAGUCGAGCAAGAGGGCCCAGGGGCAGGCCUCUGAGCCUGGGCCAGCUGACAUAACUACCUCCCCUGAGGAGGAGCAGCUGAAGCCUCGUACCCGGACCUCUGCUGGCAAAGGCCUGUCUCGCCUCUUCUCAUCUUUCCUCAAACGCCGCUCACAGUGCUCCGAGGGAGAGGGGUUUGAGGCAGAGAAAGCUAGGGAGGAAAAGGCAGACAAAGAGGAAAAAUCUGACAAGGCGGAAGAGGAGAUAGUGGAGGUGGUGAAAAGUGAAGAGAAGGAGGCUAAAGCGGAGGAGGAAAAACCUGAGGUGAAAGAAGUGCAAAAGAAAGAAGAAAAAGUAGAACAAAAGGAGGAUAAAAAGAAAGAGGAAGAAAAAGUUGAGAAGAAGGGCAGUAAAAAGAAAAAGAAAGAUGCCAAGAAGAAAGUAGAGGAGAAGAAUGAGGACAAAGUGAAAAAGGACGAGGAAAAAAAGGAAGAGGAAAAAGUGAAAAAGAAAGAGGAGAAGAAAGAGGAGCAAAAAGAGGAGGAGAAAACACAGCAUACUGUAGAAAAGAAGGAGGAAACAUUGGAGAAGAAGAAAGAAGAGGAAGAAAAGAAGGAGACCACUGAGGUUAAAGAAAAGGGGGCAGAGGCUGGAAAGAAAGAGGAGGAAAAAGUAGAUAAGAAGGUGGCAAAGAAAAAAGAAAAAGAAGAAAAGGUAAAGAAGAAGGAAGAGGAAAAAGCAAAGAGGAAAGCAGAGGAAGAAGAAAGGGCAAAGAAGAGAGAGGAGGAGAAAACAAAGAAGAAAGAAGAAGAAAAAGCUAAAGAGGCGGAAAAAGCAAAGAAGAAAGAGGAGGAGAAGGGCAAAAAGAAAGAGGAGGAGAAACCGAAAGAGGAGUCAAUAAAGAAAGAAGACGAGAAGGUGAAAGAAGAGGCAAAGAAGAAAGAGAAGGAAAAGGAGGAAGAAAAGACAGAGGAAAAGCAAAAGAAGGAAGAGGAAAAGGGGAAGAAAAAAGAGAAGGGGAAGAACAAAGGAAAGAAGGAGGUGAAAGGGUCAAGUGAGGAGCAGGUGAAAGCACCGAUCGCUGCUCCAGAGCCUGAGCUCAAAACUGAGCCAGAUACUGAACAGGCUCCUGAUCAGCACUCAAUAAGCAGCUCAGAGACACAGCCAGCACAGGAGGAACACAAGGAAGAAGCUGCGAUAAAGGAGGAGCCUGAAGUAGUGGAAGAAGUAAAGAAGGAGGACACAGAGGAAAAGGAGGAAGAACCAGCAGAAGAGGAGAAAGAAGUCAAAGGAGAGGAAAAGGCAGAGGAGGAGGUGAAGAAGGAGAAGCCUUCUAAAGAAAAGAAGACAGAGAAGAAGACAGAAGAGGCUAAAGGCUCCAAACGUCAGAAAACCAUGCAAUGCAAAGUUACCUUACUGGAUGACACUCAGUUUGAGUGUGAGCUUGAUAAACAUGCUAAAGGCCAGGAACUAUUGACAAAGGUAUUGGACCAUGUCAACCUGCUGGAGAAAGAUUACUUUGGCCUCGCUAACUGGGAAACCCCAACCAGCAAGACAUGGUUGGAACCCACAAAAGAGAUCCGGAAACAGGUUUCAGGCGCUGUCUAUGAGUUUACACUCAACGUGAAGUUCUACCCUCCUGAUCCAGCUCAGCUUACCGAAGACCUCACCAGGUACUUUCUGUGUCUCCAGCUGAGGAAGGACAUUAUGCUUGGUGUUCUUCCCUGUUCCUUUGUCACACUAUCCUUGCUGGGCUCCUACGCAGCCCAGUCAGAGCUUGGGGAGUAUGACCCAGAAGUACAUGGAACAGAAUAUGUUAAAGACCUCAAUCUGGCACCUGGACAAACCAAAGAGCUGGAGGACAAAGUGAUGGAGCUGCAUCGCACAUACAGGUCAAUGAGUCCAGCCCAAGCAGACAUGUUGUUUCUGGAAAAUGCCAAGAAACUUGCCAUGUAUGGAGUUGACCUUCACCAAGCCAAGGAUCUGGAUGGUGUUGACAUUACACUUGGGGUUUGCUCCAGUGGUCUGAUGGUUUACAAGGACAAGCUGAGGAUCAACCGUUUCCCUUGGCCCAAAGUGCUUAAGAUCUCUUACAAACGCAGCAGCUUCUUUAUCAAGAUCCGGCCAUCAGAGCAAGAGCAGUAUGAAAGCACAAUUGGCUUCAAACUGCCCAACUACAAAGCCUCAAAGAAGCUGUGGAAAGUUUGUGUUGAACACCAUACCUUCUUCAGGGUUUCGACAGUGGAGCCACCCUCAUCACGUCGCUUCCUCGUCUUGGGCUCAAAGUUCCGGUACAGCGGGCGAACUCAGGCCCAGACCCGCCAGGCGAGCUCCAUGAUUGACCGCCCAGCACCUCGCUUCACACGCUCUGCGAGCAAGAGGUUGUCCCGUAACUUAGAUGGAGCUGGAGAUGACACUCUCCAGUUUCUGCAACAGCUCUCAGCAUCAACCAGAUCUGAGGCUGAUGAUUGGUCAUUGAUGCUGGAAUCUGACAAACCUCAGCCUUCAUCUGAAUUCCCAGCCAGAGGGGAGUCCAAGCAGACUUUCACUCAGUCACGGGAGGAGGGCCAGUCUGUUCAGACGGUCACAGUGACCUGGCAGGACACUGAGACCGGGCAGAAUGGCUCUCAAACCAUCACCCAGACAGUCAGUCAGCCAUGGCAGGAGCUGCCAUCUGAUGAGCAGCAGCAGUGGAGAAAGCAAGACGAGUGGUCUGCCCUGUUGUAUCGCCAUCCUCCUUUUCCCUUUAUCCCACCCUUUGAUUUCGUGAAACAGCCAGCUGAGCUCAGCUUGACAGAAAUGAACUCUAUGGACAGGCUCUUGCAACCACUGCUGAAACAGCAAGAUGAUUGGUUCUUGUACUUUGACCGAAUCUUCACCCUGUCUUCGCUUGAGAGUGUUGAAAAACCAUUCUCUCCCCUAGCUCAGCUCCAGCUCCAGGAGAAGGAAGAACAGGAACUGACCACAGAGGAGGUCAUUGACAGGCUUCAGGAAUCAGUGACCUUGGUAGACAAACUGAUAGAGGCGGAGGUUUUGGAAAGGAGACUGAGGGAAGUGAAAUAUUUGGAGGAAAGGCUUCAAGAAAUGGAUGAGGUGGCAGAAAGACUUCAAGAAGUGAUAGAGGAUGAAUUGGGGAAGGAGGAAGUAGACAAGUUAAGAGAAGAAGAAGAACAAGAAUUGGAGAGGGAAAAACAAAUGCACAUGGAAGGUAGAACAGUAAGAGUGGGGAAGAAAUCUGUGAGGAUGAUAGAAACAAAAGAGGAGGAUGAAGUGGAUGAACUGGAAGAGCAAAUAAAGCAGGUGUUUUUAAAAGGCUUGUUGCCUGAGGAGGAAGAGGUUGAGGUGAAGCAGGAGAGUGAAAAAGAGGUGACAGCCGAGACUCUGUUAGAUGAUAGUUUGAGAGAGAAGCUACGCCAGAUAGAAAAAGAAUGGAAAAAUGAGGUGGAGGAAAAGCUUGGCUCUCCAGACGUCGCUGGCACCACUUCUUUAAUUACAGUUCAGAGGGCGGAGCGUAGGACUAUGAAGAGAGUGACUAUUGUAGAUGAGAGAGGGCAACAACUGGGAGAUGUAGACGACAUGCAGGAACAGGCUGGUGUUAUAUCAGACGAGAGGUUAGAAAAACAAGAGUUGUGGCGUAAGACGGAUCUACUGGUAGAGAGAACUCUGAGAGAGGUCACAAAGGAGCUUCAGGCUGAGGGUCAGUCUCAGGUGGAAGAUAAAGAUGUCUGGUUCAUAGUUUUUGACCGGCCUCCAUACAAAGCUGUUUCCAAACCACCAGUUACCACUGUGGAACAUGCUCAAGUGGAUAAAGGCGAGUAUGUCAUCUCAAAGCCUGAGAUUACAACAGUUGAGGAGAAAACAGAGAUUAUAGUAGAAGAGAGAAAAAUAAGAGAAGAGGAAGCCUGGCAUGCACCAGAGAUCCCGCCACCACAGGCCAUCACAGAAAGAGAUGAUGGCUGGUUUGUGUUGCUGGAUGUUGUUCCCGGAGAGACAUCAUAUGUACCACCAGUUAUCUUGAAGGAACGAGACCAGAUGGAGGCAGAAAGUGUUGUCUCUGUGGUUGGAUCUGCAGUAUAUGAGGAGAUUAGAGAAGUAGUUGUUGAAGAGAGAAAGAUAAUACACGAGGCACCAAGACAUCCACAAGAAAUCCUUCUACAGCCAGUGACGGACAGAGAUGAUGACUGGUUUGUGUUGCUGGAUGUUGUUCCUAGAGAGACAUCCUAUGUACCACCAGUUAUCUUGAAGGGACGAGACCAGGUGGAUGCAGAAAGUUUUGUCUCUGUGAUUGGAGCCCCAGCAGUUCAGGAGAUUAGAGAAAUAAUUGUUGAAGAGAGAAAGAUAAUAGAAGAGGCACCAAGACGUCCACAAGAGAUCCCACUACAGCCAGUGAUGGAUAGAGAUGAUGACUGGUUUGUGUUGCUGGAUGUUGUUCCCAGAGAGACAUCAUAUGUACCACCAGUUGCUGUCGUGGAGCGUGUUCAAGUGUCACCAGAAGAAUUUGUCUCUGUGAUUCAAGUAGCAACCACUGAGCAGAGGGAAAAAAAAGUGGAGGUUGUAGUUGAAGACGCAGAAAUAAAACAAAGGCUGAGUGAAAAGCGAGAAGUUGCAUUGCCACAGGCUGUGAGAGAAAUAGAAGAUGACUGGUUUAUGCUAUUGGAUCGUCCCGUUAGAGAACCAUCAUUUGUGCCACCAGUUACCAUGGCCGAGUAUGUUCAGGUUUAUCGUGAAGAAGGCUUUUCUGCUGUGCCUGAAACAAUAGCUGUGCAGUCCAAGAAGGAGGUUGUAGUUGAAGUGACUGUGGUGCAGGAGGAAGAAAAGAAGCUUCCCAUGCAAAUUAUUCCAGAGAUGAAAAUAUCCCAGCCUGUGAGAGAGAGGGAUGACGACUGGUUUCUGCUGCUGGAUGUUGUUCCCAGAGAAACUUCAUAUGUGGCUCCAGUCUCUCUGACAGUGCCCAGCCAAAUUUAUCCAAGUGUUGAACGUCAAACGGAAGUGAAAAGCAUAGAGAGGAAGUCGCAACAGAUUGCUCUUGACCAGAUUAGACCACAGCCUUCCCAUCCACUACCAGAGAGAGAUGAUGACUGGUUUGUGUUGUUUGAUGCUAUUCGUGAAGAAGCAGUCAUACUACCAUCAGUUGCCCCUGUUGAAAUAAUUCGGGAUAUGAGGAAGACGUUUGAGGUUGAGGUGACAAGCACAGAGACUAGAACAUGGAAGAAGACGAUAAUUGGUGUGGACAGAAGGCAAGAUGAGACACGUUUUUCUGAAAUGAGACAAAUCCAAAUUGCACCUCCGUCAGAGAGAGAAGGAGGUGAUGACUGGUUCAUCUUGUUCGACAUCAUCCGAGAAAAGCCUGUUAUCACACGAUCAGUUGCUGUCCCUCAACGUAUCCAGUUCCCACCAGAGGUCAGAGUUCCAACUGCCAUGGAUAAAACAAGGAUUGCUAUUUCCGAAACAAGACCACUGUUUGAGAAACGGAUCCUGGAGGAAAGACGUCCACUUACACACACACAUGUCAAUGAUGAUUGGUUUGUUCUACUAGAUGUUGGCCUCAAAGAGUCAGUGGUGAGCACACAAAGGGGCACCCGUCCUGUCAGUGCUCCGGUCUUCUCCCAGGCUGCUCUGGCUGAAGCAGGAAUCCCCAUGGCCCCUUUCGACCAGCCCCAGACCUCCACUCCAAUCAAGACCAUCCGCCAGGAGGAAAGAAAGCUGGAAGUCACGGUAGAAGCUGUGGAGCCCUCAAAGAUCGAGGCUGCGUCUGAAGUCAAGCCAGCAGUGUGGAGGGACCAGGGAGCAAUAGACUCUUCACUGCUAUCUACCAUCAAUGGGGACAUCCAGCACGGGUCUGAGGUGACAAGCACGGAGGUGGUGCGAAUGCGAAAGAAAAGAGCUAAGAAAAUUGAGGAUGACUCAAUUUAUAUCAGACAUAGCCUUUUAAUGUUGGAGGAGUUCAAUAAGCCUCAGGAGGACCUGCUCAGGCAUCAUGCCAGUAUCAGUAAGCUGAAGAAGAACUUCAUGGAAGCCGUCCCUGAGCCCAGGCCCAGUGAGUGGGACAAGCGCCUGUCCACACACUCUCCGUUCCGCACCCUGGGUAUCAAUGGUCAGCCUCUGCCCAGUGCGGAUGGGAGUGUGUGCAUUAGUUCCCUAAGCAAUGGUUCAGAGACAAAGGCUACACAUGAGGAAACCAGCAGCAGUUUGGGCUUGUCAGGCACACCCUGGCCCACUGCGUGCCACAAGAGUGAGACUGAUAGUGUCGAAGCCCACGGUGGUCCUACUGAGGAAGAGUCAUGUGAUCAAGACGGGGUUGUAGUUUUUGAGACCUCCUUGGUGCCCAUCGUAGAGGUGGAGAUGGCGCAGUUGCCUCCCUCCCUCGAACCCCACUGUAAGGCUUUAGAUGAGACCCAGGAGGAAGAAGGAUCAUAUCCCGGUGUGUCGGAGUGCUCUAGGAGGAUAGUCGGAUCUUCCCCAGCCUCCUAUUUCAGGAGCGAUGGUCCACAGGUCAUACGCUGCUUCCAGCCCCCUCUGGUGCAGACCCAGACAGUCACCAUCACAGCUGUCUCCAACUCCUUACCCACUGGCAUCUCCACCACAGAAGUCCCUAUCGUGCCGACCAAGACCUUCACCUAUGAGUCUUCAAAGGUGACAGUUGAUGGGACAGACGAGGACAAAGAUGGCACAACUGUGUCCAGCUCCAAGACUGUUACCUCAGAGACCACGAGUGGCACCACAGUCACCACCACUACCACUCACAUCUCAAAGGUAGUGAAAAGUGGAUCUUCAGAGACUCGUGUGGAGAAGAGGAUUGUCAUAACUGCAGACUCUGACAUUGACCAAGAUAAGGAAAAACAUGGCGGAGCAUCAGCAUUGUAACUGAAUCAUCACCUUCGUUUAUUUCCUUGACUCUACACCUCCGACAUCAACUUCAUCAGAGUGCAGCAAUCAACACACACUGACCAGCUCUAUCUACACACACACGUAUCCAAAAAGAAAUAUCUCAUAAAUCAGCACCUACAAUUAUCGAUGAACUGAGUAGAUAAAUGUUAGGAGAUCUUCAUUUUAUUUUUUUUAUUUUUUCAGUUGAGCUGUUCGUUGUAGGUAGAGGAGGGCUGCACAGAUCUCAAGUUUUGAUUAAAUGCUUAUCUCAUUCUGGUGUUUGAAAAGCUUAGCGGAUACAUUUUUAUUGGUUAAAAAACAGCAUUUUCAGUUGAGUGAUCUCAGUUAUGUUUGCUUUUGAAUGCUUUUAUUUUCCUAGUGGUUUUUACAUUGUUAAUUUUAUACAAAUGCACUGUUUCCAUUCUAGUUUAGACACCAUUAUCAGCAUUUAUUCCCUUGGUGCUGCUAGGGGAACGUUAAGACUACAUUCAAGGGAACGCUUAUUUUUGUUAUUGUUUACUUGUCUAUUUAAUUCAGGAGAGACAUUUUUUUUUAAUGUAAUGACAUACCUCACAUCAAUAUGUGAACAAAGAUAUUCUGUGCUCAAAUUUGGAGUUUGUUUGGCUUUGUUCACUGCUCAGGUACAAAAACAAAAAACCUAAAAUCUUUUCUUCCCCAACCAGCCAAGAACCGGUAGCCUACACAUUAUUGUAAAGUUUGAAUUAAAAAUUGAUCUAUUUUGAAAUAUUUCUCUAUUUUAUAGAAUUAAUGCUUUUAUAGUAUUUGUACAAAUUGAGGUUUUUAAGUUAUUCAUAUCCACCUGCUCAUGAAAUUGUAGGUUACCAUUGUGCUGUGAACUGAAUUUCGAGGUCUCUCUUUUAGACCUCCUUACCUGUCUUGCCUGACACCCUGAAUCAUUCUUAUUCGUUUCCUCUUGUAGUCCACCAAGUUUAUCAAACUUUUCUCAAUUUACAUAUGACAAUGGAGUGCUUCCUUCAGCCCUAUGUUUUAUUCAGUAGAAUAGAAGCCAUAAUUGCUUUGAAUAUAUUUGGUUGAUAAGAAACGUCUUACAAGCUUUGGUCUGUUUAUCUCAGGUUUUGAUAUUCUUUUUAAGACUACAGACCUCCAUAUGAUUGUAUGAGGAAUGUCCAUAUAUGUAUAUCCAUCCUACUUUAAAUGUACGUUUAUGUUCAGCCAAGUGAGGUUGAUUAAUGUAAAAGCUCGUCUGUCACAGUAACCACUCGUGUAAGAGGUGAAGGCAGCUGUCCGAGUAUAUGUGGCUUUUCUCUCAUAGGAGCACAAGUUGUCUUUUUUACAUGUUCUACUAUACAGUAAUUUAUUUGUAAAGUAGGGAAUGUUUCAUGUGAUUUGAUGUACUGUGAUGUUUCAACACAAGCUGGUUUCCAGGCUUCCACUAAAGAUGUCACAAUGUUAAAUAUUGCAUUCAUUAUCAACCAAGUUUGUAAAGCCUUUUUACCAUAUAGUCUAAGUAGAUUGCUUUCUCACUUGCUGUUUAUCCCUGUACCUUUCCAUAGAGAAGAAAAUACUUAAAAUAUAUGAUCCCCUUUUAGAUAGCAUGUUUGUUAGCAAACUCUUUAACCCAAAAAGAAGCCAUUGGUAUUUUAGCUACAUGGAUGACAACAGCAAACUCCCCUGGAAGAAAACGUAGAAUUCCACAUGAAGAAAAAUAGGUUUUAGACAAUGGAAAAUAUUGUUGCUUUGUGACUUAUCCCUGUCUUUUUAUGAAAAAAUAAAAUAUGCAUUAUUUUGCA